AGAGGGAAUGAGCUGCACAACAGCGGUUGAAAUCGAUGCAAGCAGCAGCACCUCGAACGCGUGGCGCCUUGAUCCUGCUCGAGGGCGUCGACCGCUGCGGCAAGUCGACGCAGGCCAAGCUUCUUGCCGAGCACCUCCAUGGCGUCCUCCAGAACUUUCCCGACCGGACGACUGCGAUCGGCUCGACCAUCAAUGCGUACCUCUCCAACGCCUGCGAAAUGAACGACCGCGCGAUCCACUUGCUCUUCAGCGCCAACCGCUGGGAGGCCGCCGACAGGCUGCGAAGCCACCUUGCACAGGGUCAGCACGUGAUCAUGGACCGGUAUUCCUACAGCGGUGUUGCGUUCACGGCGGCCAAGAACCAGCCGGGCUUGACGCUCGAGUGGUGCAUGCAGCCCGAAGCUGGUUUGCCCAAGCCCGAUGUUGUCAUCUUCCUCGACAUUACGACCGAAGACGCGGCCAAGCGAUCUGCGUACGGCGAGGAGCGCUAUGAGAAGCGCGAGUUCCAGGACCGCGUGCGCGACAACUUUUUCCGCAUUAUGGCCACCGAGAAGUGGCACGUCAUUGACGCGACCAAGUCGAUUCAAGAGAUCCACGCGACGAUCCAGCAAAUCGCCGCCGACUGCAUCGCCCGCGUUGCGUCCCUACCGAUCCAAGACAUUGACGUCUAGACUGCUUGAGCACCGCGCCAACAUCGCUGCAGUCGUAGUACUACAUGGACAGAUCAACG